CUCAGUCUCACUUUUGUUUUUCACUAUGGCCCGAAUGAAUCGGCCUGCACCUGUGGAGGUCUGCUACAAGAACAUGAGAUUCCUGAUAACCCACAACCCGACCAAUGCUACGCUGAACACCUUCAUUGAGGAUCUGAAGAAAUACGGUGCAACGACCGUAGUGAGAGUGUGUGAAGUAACCUAUGAUAAGACUCCACUGGAAAAAGAUGGCAUUACGGUAAUGGACUGGCCAUUUGAUGACGGAGCGCCCCCGCCCUCCAAAAUUGUUGACGACUGGCUGAAUCUGCUGAAGACAAAGUUUUGUGAAGACCCCGGCAGCUGUGUGGCUGUUCAUUGUGUGGCUGGCCUGGGACGGGCUCCUGUUCUGGUUGCGCUGGCCCUGAUCGAGAGUGGAAUGAAAUACGAAGACGCCAUUCAGUUCAUUAGACAGAAGCGCCGAGGGGCGAUCAACAGCAAGCAGCUGACGUACCUGGAGAAGUACCGGCCGAAGCAGCGGCUCCGUUUCAAGGACCAUCAGAACCACAAGAACAAGUGCUGCAUCAUGUUGUGAGGAGGGACCAGAGACUCUUAAGGCUUCUGGCGUGCUGUGCUUUUCUCU